ACUUUUUUCAUUUUGUUUUCCACUCACAAUUGAGCAACAGAACUGAUUCUGACCUAGUAUCUCCAGAGAGCACGGAAGUCCAGAAAGGAAAGGACCAAAGAUCAGAAGCAGUGAGAUAAAGAGAGAGAGGGACACGCUGAAUUCUGAGUUUUACAAUGUCAUCAGUAGAAUAUAUCAGCUACAAAGGAAUCCUGUUCCCUUCUACGGGUUAUUCACUGGAAACUCUGGAUCAAGUGGAAAAUGAAUUCCAGAUCCUGGAUGAUGAUGUAAUUACUGUCACUUAUCCCAAGUCAGGCACCCAUUGGAUGGCAGAGAUCUUGAGCUUGAUCUCGCAGAAAGGGGACCCCACAUGGACACUCAAUGUGCUACUGUGGGAACGGUCUCCUUGGAUUGAGAGUGAGGAUGGAUUGAAGCAAGCCUUGCAAAAUCCUCCACCCCGGCUUUUAAAUAGUCACCUUCCAUUUCAGCUUUUCCCCAAAUCCUUUCUGCACACCAAAGCCAAGGUUAUCUAUACCUUGCGUAAUCCCAAGGAUGUGCUGGUCUCAUAUUACUUCUUCUCCAUGAUGAUACAAAUACUAAAGACACCUGGGAGCCUGCAAGAGUAUCUGGAGGAUUUCCUGACUGGGAAUGUGUUCAAUGGUUCCUGGUUUGACCAUGUGAAGGGCUGGAUGGAGUUGAAAGGAAGACCCAACUUUUUCUACAUCACCUAUGAAGAACUGCAGCAGGACCUGAGAGGCUGUGUGGAGAAGAUCUGCCACUUCCUUGGGAAAGAGCUCAAUAGCCAGCAACUUGACUCUGUGGUGGAAUAUGCCUCUUUCCAGAAGAUGAAGGAGAACAAGAUGUCCAAUUUCACCCUGAUGCCUGAUAGUGUUGUGGACCACACAAAAGGAGAGUUGAUGAGGAAAGGGAUCUCUGGGGACUGGAAGAACCACCUGACAGUGGCACAGAAUGAAUACUUCGACCGUGUUUAUCGGGAGAACAUGCAGGGCAUGAGGACUACCUUCCCGUGGGACUGAAGCAAACCAAAUUUUCAUCGUGUUCUGUAUCCUCUCAACGUCUUCUGUGUUGCAGCUGAGAAAUCAGCACCACCUAAUUAGGAAUUCUGAGUUCUUUGGAUGUGAUUGGAUGUGUGUCAAAGGCAUGGUCCGCACAGAACCUAAUAAAGUGUCCCAUACAACCAGG